GCAUUUGUAACCCCUCCACCCGGAGAGUAUGGGUAUUUGGACAGAGUUUCACAAUUAAUUCGCGAAGUUUCGUUGCAUUCCGAAGUUACAGGUGGUCUAGAUUAAUUUGUUGAUUGGACUCGCCAUUUGCCCAUGCGAGCUUGGGUACGCAUGUGAGGUGAAACAAACUGGCGAUGUCUUACGAAAUUAAAACCUUAAUUACAGUCUUUAUAUUAUCAACAAUAUCACUUAAUCUCAAUUGUCGUACUAUUAGCGCGACGUCUGAGCGGGAAGGUUAUUCAGAAGAAUACAGUUUCAAUAUUUUUAACAAUUUUGCGGACUUAAGCGGUGCGUUGGAACUGAACCUAACAAAUCCGAAUUUAAAACACAGUAGACUCGCGAGUUCAAAACUUGACGUCCCAGUUGAUUCUUCCUCCUACAGUAAUACGAAUGAAACGAUACCUCAGUCGAGUGAGUACAUGUAUGAAUCGCGAUCAAACGACAGCACAUCUAUGCACUUCAACAAUGAAACAACUCCACUCAGAAGUUUCCACAGAAACGAUUUUCACAUCGAGGAUGGAUUUCAAGCUGACACACCAUCAUUUGGGGAACCAGGAAUGUUUAGGAAACAUUCUCGACGUGGGUCUAGCUCCCAAUCCACAUACAGGCCUAUGUGGCAGCCAUUACCCACGGUUCACUGCUCAGAAGAGGCGAUGACCCUAAAAGCCUCCGGAAGAGAAUACACGAACAUCUUUGUCGAAAGAGUGAAUGCGGCCCCACUGCCUUUAUUCCAGAUUCCUGCAUAUUGUGGAUAUUCUGUAAGGGUCACAUGGAAAGAUCUGGUCCUAACUACCCCAUACAAUGGGUGCUACAUCACACAAGAGAAUGGCAAUUAUGUUCUAUCACUGCAGUGGUGGGGCAGUCCCAUAAAGAUAUCCUGUUCUAUGGCACCUGUGAUCUCAAAACCUACUCCUUCUUUCUUGUGCUCUCAAUUUGGUAUGGUCAUUGCAAUAAAAGGCACACAGGAAGAUGCUGAGAAACACUGGGUUAAAGUGAAUGGGAACAUACUGCCUCUCCUGUCUGAGACAUGUGCAUAUCGCAUACAGUCUCCUCCUGAGGUCAUUCUACUUCAUGCCGCUUUUAAUUCUGAAUGCAUGAUGGUGACGGAUGGAGAGAACAUCCUUGUCAUCCUCUGGGAUGGAAAGGAGUUCACUCUCUCUUGUCCAUUCCCACACCGGGUGUCUCGGUUUCCUCCCAUCCUCCAUCCUCAUCCACUCCAUGAACCACUUCAGCCCAAUCAGGAGCAGGUGUCUUUUAUCCCUCAACUUCCUACUUUCCCAGCAGGAACACCUAAACCUGCUGUGAUCCCUAAGCGUCCUUAUAAACAACCUGCAGUACCACUGUUUCAUCCUGACAAACACCCUCAUACCUCUCAUCAUGACUGGCAUCCCGUCCAUCAGAGACACCAGAAACCGCCUGCUCACAUUCAUCAUCAUCAUCAUCCAGCACCUCCUGUUGAUAAUCCUCCUAAACCUUUCAUACAACAAUAUCUGGCUCUACCUGUGGAUCAUAUUCCACAAACACAGGACGAGAUGGUACCCCAAUACCCAGUGAUGCCCCCUCCACACUAUGCACCGUACCCUAUAUCCUGUCCCCCUUAUCCUGUGUCAUUCUGUUCUAAGCCCCCCAUUCAGUACCAUCCUCAGCCAACCAUGACCCCUGCUCCCCAACCGUCCAUCCAGCCAAUGCCAUGGACUUCAUUUCCUCGACCCACACACAAGCCACUUGUACAAGAGCCCCUGUUCCCCGUCUUUCCUCCGACUCCACCUGCAGAACCCUCCGAAAUGUCUCCAUCACUUUUUUGCAUGAAGAACAAAUUAAUGGCAACUUUUCCCUCAACUAGAAUGGACUCCAUCAAAGUCAAAGAUGUGAAGACGAAUACCUGGAUCUCUGUCGCAUCUGUCUCAGCAGACUGUAACUACAAACUCCACUCCAGAGGUGGCAGUGUUAAGCUCACUUCACCACUACCUUCCUGCCACACACACAAAAAGUCCCCUACAGUGAUCUCUCUAUAUGUCAGGUUCUGGGAUUCCACUCAACUGCGCUCCCGUACCCUACAGCUUCAGUGUCACCAUGUUGGAGAUGGAGGCACACGACCUACACGACCUCACUUUACAACCGCUCAACCACCACCUAAAUUUCAGGUGUCGUGUUCUAGCCAACACAUGAGUGUAAAACUGCCACCUGGACCAACAUCUGGCAUCAUUGUACAAGAUGCUUCCAGUGGGAUCAAAACAGAAGCUGUUCCUAUUUUGGAGGCUCAAAGUCAUUGCGGAUAUUCUGUAAGAAGGGAUAAAGAUGGUGCCAUCAACGUGAUCCUGCCUUACUCUUCAUGUCACAUGACUCAUAAGGAUGGACAGUACCAGAUUAUAUUAAAAUAUCAAACACCGAAAGGGCGCACAGUUGAGUCCUUGCUGUCAUGUCAGGCUUCUUUAAGUCAAGAAUCAUGUAAUGUCGCACCUGAGCAGCAGCUGGUCUGUGGAUCUGUGGUUAUAUCCUCAUCAGAGUGCCAUGACAGAGGCUGCUGUUAUUGUGAACACACUCAGUCGUGUUAUUACCCCAUGGACGAAUGUACAAUGGAUCGACAUUUUGUUUUCUCGGUUCACUCAUCUUUCGCGGAUCCGCCCUUUACCCCAGCCACCCUCGUCACAGCUGGCAACAGCUCUUGCACACCCUACAAAGUUACAGCUGACUUGGCCCUCUUCAAGAUCCCGCUGGAUGAAUGUGGGGUGCACAGAUAUGAGGUGGGUAAAACGGUCAUCUACAUGGUCGAGAUCCUGAAUAGAGUGCAGCCCAUCAGUCUGAACUACGGCACCAUCACUAGAGAUUCGCCUGUGAGGCUACUGGUUGAGUGUCGGUAUUUACCCGGAUCUGUGGCAAGUGUGGGUUACCUGGUGAAAAGCCCCUCCCUCGGACCGUCUAUCAAAGCUCAGGGGGUGUUUGGAGUUCAGCUCAGGAUCGCAGAAGAUGAGCUCUACAACAGCUUUUACCCACAAUACCACCAGCCCCUGCGCAUGCUUCUGGGGAAACCCCUUUACCUUGAAGUGCGCCUGCUAAACCCUCCAGACCCCACAGCUAUACUGCUGGUGCAUUACUGUGUGGCAUACCCGCGCUCUGCAAAAUCAGCCUGGAUCAUUAUUUAUGACGGGUGCCCAAAUUUUCUUGACCAGGUCCCAACACACGAGCCUCCUGCUGCACCUGCAGAGGCCCUGACCAAUCAUGUUCGACGAUUCACAAUCACUACAUUCCAGUUCCUGUCUGAAGAUGCCAACCUGCAGGCAGAUGAAGAGAUUUAUUUUAUGUGUUCGACGGAGGUUUGUCUGCCCUCAGAUGAUCAGUGUGUCGAGGGCUGCUUUGCAGAUCCCUCUAAUAUGAAGGUCUGAGAAGAAUUAUGAGCUGGAUAAAGCCACCACUCUUUUUGUUUGACAGAUGUACACGUGGUCUCACUAACAAUUGUAAAGCAAUAAAGCUUUGAAACUGU